AUGCGCCGUGGGUUUGUACUGUUGCCGGGCGCGGGAUCACGCCUGCGCCCUGGGCUGCAUAUCUUCCUGGGCGGGAAAAUGUUUGCGCGUGCGCGGGAAAGGUUGGCACGCGCGGGAAAGGUUAGCGCGCGUGGGAACAGUUUUGGCGCGCGUGGGAGAAACUUAGGCGCGCGCGGGAGAAACUUAGGCGCGCGCGGGAAAAGCUUUGGGCGCACGCGGGAAGGGUUUGUAAAUAAAGAACCCGGGAAUGUGCCCUCUUGUCUCCGCUUUGCGGAGAUCAAGCAACAGAGUGUGGCCCUGGUUACGCCUCCUCUGGCUCAGUCACACAGCUACCUGGUAGGUGACUGGAGGUGUAUAGUUGUCCUCGCCUGGAUUGUGCUGAUGUGGCCCCAACCCCACCGCCCUACCCAUCCCAUGAUGUCCGAAGAAACCCCACAGAUCAAAUUGGCCAAGGCCAAGGAAAAGUUGAGAGACUCUCAUCCCCAGGCCAACCCUCGUGUUGGUACAGGAGCAAGCGACACCAAAAAGAAGAACAUAAAUAAUGGCGCUAACCCUGAGACAACCACUUCUAGUGGUUGCCACUCACCUGAGGAUGAAACGAAGGCAAGCCACCAACAUCAGGAUGCCCUAAGGAGGGAGCUAGAGGCCCAGGUUCAUACCACACAAAUCCUUACAUUUCAGAAAACGGAGCUUCAGACAGCACUCUAUUACAGCCAGCAUGCUGUCCAGCAGUUGCAAGGAGAGACCAGGGAUCUGGUGUGCCGCCUCCAUGAAUCAUGGAAGUUUGCCGGAGAAUUAGAGCGGGCCCUCUCUGCUAUCACUACACAGAAGAGGAAGGCAGACAGGUACAUUGAGGAGUUAACGAAGGAGAGGGACGCCCUGAGUCUGGAACUGUACAGGAACACCAUAAUCGAUGAGGAGCUGAAGCAGAAAAAUAUCAAAUUAGAAGAAAAACUUCGACUUCAAGAGACUCAAAAGUCUGAGAUCCAGCUCAACGUAAAGGAGCUAGAAAGGAAGCUGGAGAGGGCCAAGCUCCUGCUGCCACAGCAGCACCUGCAGGCGGAGGCUGACCACCUGGGUAAGGAGCUUCAGAGUGUGUCAGCAAAGCUCCAAGCCCAGGUGGAAGAGAACAAGUUGUGGAACCGCCUGUACCAGCAACAGGAAGAGAAGAUGUGGAGGCAGGAGGACAAGAUACAGGAGCAGGAGGAGAAGAUACGGGAGGAGGAGGAGAAGAUACAUGAGCAGGAAGAGAAGAUACGAGAGCAGGAAAAGAAGAGGCAGGAGCAGGAGGAGAAGAUGUGGAGGCAGGAGCAGAAGACACGGGAGCAGGAAGAGAAGAUGUGGAGGCAGGAGGAGAAGAUGUGGAGGCAGGAGGAGAAGAUGCAUGAGCAGGAGGAGAAGAGGCGGGAGCAGGAGGAGAAGAUGUGGAGGCAGGAGGAGAAGAUACAGGAGCAGGAGCAGAAGAUACGGGAGCAGGAGGAGAAGAUACAGGAGCAGGAGCAGAAGAUACGGGAGCAGGAGGAGAAGAUACAGGAGGAGGAGGAGAUGUGGAGACAGGAGAAGAUACAGGAGCAGAAGAUACGGGAGCAGGAGGAGAAGAUACACGAGCAGGAGGAGACGAUACAGGAGCAGGAGGAGAAGAUACAGGAGCAGGAGCAGAAGAUACGGGAGCAGGAGGAGAAGACACAGGAGCAGGAGGAGAUGUGGAGGCAGGAGGAGAAGAUACAGGAGCAGGAGAAUAUACACAAUCAGGAGGAGAAGAUACACGAGCAGGAGGAGAAUAUACGAGAGCAGGAAAAGAAGAGGCAUGAGCAGGAGGAGAGGAUGCGGAGGCAGGAGGAGAAAAUGUGGAGCCAGGAGGAGAAGAUACGGGAGCAGGAGCAGAAGAUACAGGAGCAGGAGGAGAUGUGGAGGCAGGAGGAGAAGAUACAGGAGCAGGAGGAGCAUAUGCACAAUCAGGAGGAGAAGAUACGGGAGCAGGAGGAGAAGAUACACGAGCAGGAGGAGAAUAUACGAGAGCAGGAGGAGAAGAUGCGGAGGCAGGAGGAGAAAAUGUGGAGCCAGGAGGAGAAGAUACGGGAGCAGGAGGAGAAGAUACGGGAGCAGGAGCAGAAGAUAUGGAGGCAGGAGGAGAAGAUAUGGGAGCAGAAGGAGACGAUGCGGGAGCAGGAUGAGAUGAUGCGGGAGCAGGAGGAGAAGAUGUGUGAGCAGGAGGAGAAGCUGUUGGAGAAGGAGGAGAAGAUGUGUGAGCAGGAGGAGAAGCUGUGGGAGAAGGAGAAGAAGAUGCGGGAGCAGGAGGAGAAGAUGUGGAGGCAGGAGAAGCAGCUACGGGAGCAGGAAGAGAAGAUAUGGAGGCAGGAGGAGAAGAUACGGGAGCAGGAGAAGAAGAUCUGGGAGAAGGAGGAGAUGAUGCAGGAGCAGGAGGAGAAGAUGUGGGAGCAGGAAGAGAAGAUGUGCGAGCAGGAGGAGAAGAUGCAGAGGCAGGAGGAGAAGAUGCGGGAGCAGGAAAUGAGGCUGUGGCAGCAGGAGGAGAAGAUGCAGGAGCAGGAGGUGAGGCUGCAGGAAUAG